AUGGACCUCACCUUUUCAUCUGUCACUGUCCAUAAGAUCCUGAUGGACAUGUAUACUGAGAAGGAAUACAUCUCCUUUGCCAGGUGCAUAGCACAGAUGUGUUUUUUCAUAUCUUUUACUGUCGUGGACAACUUCCUUCUCACCUCAAUGGCAUAUGAUCAGUACAUGUCCAUUUGCCACCCUCUUCACUAUACCACCUUCAUGAGAGAGGGACAAUGUACCUUACUAGUAACUGUAUCUUGGAUUUUGUCUUGUGCCAAUGCCUCAUGUCACACCCUCCUUCUUACCCAGCUGCCCUUUUGUAUUCACAUGAUCCCCCAUUUCUUCUGUGAUCUAGGAGCCCUGCUCAAGCUCUCCUGUUCAGACACAUCCCUCAAUGACCUGGUCAUUGUCACAGUAGGAUUGUCAGUCAUUAUUCUCCCAUUAAUCUGCAUCUUGCUCUCUUAUGGCUGCAUUGGGAUCACCAACCUCAAGGUUCCAUCCACUAAGUUCAUCUGCAAAGCCUUGUCCACAUGUGGCUCCCACAUCUCUGGGGUUUUUCUCUAUUACAGAAUAAUUAUUGGGCUGUAUUUGGUCCCCUCAUCCAGCACCUCCAGUGACAAGGUCAUAAUUUCCUCUGUGAUGUAA